AUGGCCAUCCCCCAGAAGUCCUCGUACUACGACCGGAACCUCCGCCAGGGUCCCGCACUGAUUCGAGCACGCAAGCCUUACCUCGCAAAGAACCUCGCUGUCGGUGCUGGGCUCUGGUGCUUCGUCGGCGCAGUGUACUGGUACACGAUCAAGGCGGUCGGCCAGGACGAAUUCGAAGACGUCAAGGUCCCCGAUGCCCCGAGGCAACAGGCCAAGUCUAACUAG